GCGAGCUUGCUUUACUGCUUCAGGCCACAUCGGCCCCCAAGCCCGUCGCCAUCCCCCUAUUUCUACCGCCGCUGCGGCCUUCCCCCUCCCCUGCGCUGUGCGUUCGAGCACAUCCUCUGGUCUGAUCCAAGCCUUCCUCCGUAAAGUCGAUCGCCGCUGCGCGCGGUCAGGCGGGCGGACGCGUGUGCUGCGCCACCGAUGCGUUCCAUGCUUCCGUAGCCCACCGUUAGCAGCACACGGGAGUUAGCAAGUACUGGUACGUACGGAAGAACCCGCGGCUGGGAUCGUUCCGCAGCAAGAGGCCUCGGCCAGGUAUUGAUUAGGUUCAACCAAGAGAGCAAUAGAGCAGCACUACAACAACAAUGCUGGACCUUGUUGCUAUGUCAGCUGAUGAUUCUGCGCUGGCUGAGGAUUUGCAGUUUGAAGAGGUUCUCCAGUUCUCAACUCACUUUGAGAGUGAGAAUGUCUGCGCAGUUUGCAAACAGAUGAUCCAAUCAUUGGAAGCGUCAUGGAUACCUGACAAUUGUGACCAUGUCAUCUGCAUUGCGUGCUUCUGCCAAUAUGCACAUGAGACAGAUGCCACGGGGCUGCCCAGGUGUGCAGUGGCUUCUUGUGAAUCUUUGUGCAAGACAGAGACGCAUCACGAGAUCAGUGUGCCUCAUGGCACUUUGACCUCAACUGAAGGCAUGGACCGCAAAGGGAAAAAACCACUGGAUGGCACGCUCCAAGAGCUUGGGCAAUGCUCUCACGGUGAUGAUGCAAUGAUCAGCAGUGACUUCUACUGUUCCAUCUGCAUGGAAACAGUGCACAUUGGGGAAGUCUUUCCUAUUGACGGAUGCACACACACCUUCUGCAUCAGUUGUGUGAGCCAGUACAUUGCUGCAAAGGUCGAGGAGAAUGUCUUGUCUAUUGGCUGCCCUGACCCAGGGUGCAAGGAUGGUGUGUUGCACCCAGAAGCAUGCCGUGAUGUGAUUCCGUUGCAGCUGUUCCAGAGGUGGGGUGCUGCGCUCUGUGACUCAUCAUUGGGGGAACUCAAAUUCUAUUGCCCCUUCAAGGAAUGCUCGGCUCUGUUAGUUCACGAUCCUGGCCAUGGUGAGGCAGUGAUAACAAACGUGGAGUGCCCACACUGCUGCCGGAUGUUCUGUGCCCAGUGCAAGGUUCCAUGGCAUGAUGGUGUGACAUGCACAGAGUUCCAACGGCUCGGGAAGGAUGAGCGGACCAGGGAGGACCUGCUGCUGAGGAAGGUUGCACAAAAGAGCAAGUGGCAGAGGUGCCCCAAGUGCAAGAUGUACGUGGAGAGGGUCACAGGUUGUGUGUUCAUCAUCUGCAGGUGUGGGCACUGCUUCUGCUACCUCUGCGCAUCCCCGAUGUCUAGGGAUAACCAUCAUUGCAAGACCUGCAAGCGAACCUGGUGAAAGACCUGGAGCUUCCAAGUCCUACCUGAAGGAAGGAAAUUAUUAGCUUUAUUAAAUCUGGUCGAUUUGCUUUUAUGACUGUUCUGAUUAGCUCUGGCUCGUGCAGUUCUGAUUUGACAAGUCGGAAUCAGAAGUAGCGCUGGAGUCUAUUAGUAAUAAUCGUGAAGUUGGUUUAGGAAAUGACAUCACAAAGUGAGACUGUCUUGCGACCUUUUGUAAUGGUGACAUAUGAAGGUGCCGGCCAGUUUCUAGCAAUCUAUGAAGUAUUAGGUGCUGGCCAGUUUCUAGUAGUCUAGGAAGUAUCAGGUACUAGCUUAGAAGGAAACUAGGUGUGUUCCCAUUGAGAAAUCACCGAGCAUAUAUAAGGAAAUUUCUUAUGAACUUCUAGAUUUGUUUCUGCCAGUAACUCGGGAGUAAUUUCUGAUAAAUGGAUGGAUCUGUCAGUUUAGUCGGUGUA